AUGAAUCAUACAUAUCUUUUUCCAAAUGGUAGCAUUUUAUCGAAUACCGUUCAGCGAACCCUUAAUAGAGUAUUUAAAAAUGAUGAUGUUGACCAACUUUCAGAGAUCAUCGCCGAAGGAAUCGCACCAAAUUCAAAAUUUUCAAAUUUUAAUGUGAAAACCUGCAAUAUAUUUUCAACCAAUACACCAAUAAUCUCUGUUGCAGCAUACUAUUCUGCUUUACAAUGUAUUACUUCGCUUAUUCAAAUAGGCGUCCGAAUUGAUUCAAAAGAUUUCAAUGGACAAACCGUUGCCCAUUUUGCAGUAGCUAGUGGUAACCUAGAAUGCACUCAAUUAUUAAGUAAUUUUGGAGUUGAUUUCAGUGAUUGCCUAUUUAUUGCAGCAGAUUGUGGUAAUUUCGAAAUGUUCAUGUGGCUAUAUUCUACCCAGAAAACGAAUCUAUCAAGUAGAAAAGAUGAUCGUACUUGUUUACUACAUCAUGCAGCAAAAAGUAAAAAUAUGAAGCUGACUAACUAUCUGCUUAAAGAGAUGGAAAGUUGUCUUACGUUAAGCGAUAUACAAGAAGUAUCAGCAAUGCUUUCAAAUUCAAAUUCCGAAUAUUCCUCAAGCCCCGAGGAUUCAGAUGAUAGCUCCGAUAUUUCUUUUUAA